AUGUCGGGGAGCGACGGAGCGCUGCCGCUGGUGCUGCCGCUGCUGGCGGCCGCGCUGCUCGGUGCCGCGGGGGCCGCGCAGCCGGCGGGGGAAGCCGCUUGCCGCCCCGUCCGCGCCGCCUUCCAGGCGCUGCAGCCCGGAGCUAAGUGGGUGCCCGAGAGCCCCGUGCCAGGGACUGAUCUGCAGGUAUGUGUCCCAAAGGGCUCCACGUGCUGCUCGAGGAAGAUGGAGGAGAAGUACCAGGCCACCGCCCGCCUGAACAUGGAGCAGCUGCUGCAGUCGGCCAGCAUGGAGCUGAAAUUCCUCGUCAUCCAGAACGCUGCUGUCUUCCAAGAGGCCCGUGCAGGGGAUUUGAAGCUGAAUUUAUUCUGA